GCUCAUCCGUUUACCCCUAUGUUGUUCGCGGUCGACGUCAGCUCGUCGGCAUUAGACUUGGAUCAACGUAUAUUUAAGAGAGGAAUAACUUCGAAACUCUCAAAAAUCUCAAAUGGGCCGUCUUACCUUGUGGCGUUUUAUUUGCGAGCAAUACCAGACGUUCAAGCCAGUCGAGAAAGUUGACCUGACGGGCAAGACUGUCAUCGUCACUGGCGGAAAUGGUGGUCUCGGCUUCGAGGCUGCGAAGCAUUUUGCCACAAUGAAUCCUGGUCGUUUGAUUAUUGCGUGCCGGAGCGAGGAGAAGGGCAAGGCAGCUAUUUCCAAGAUUUCGCAAGACACAGGCUAUACUAAAGCCGAAGUCUGGAUUCUUGACCUCGCCCGUUUCGCCUCCGUGCGUGAAUUUGCAGAUCGGUUUGAACGUGAAGGCGGGCGACUCGACAUAUUGGUAGAAAACGCCGGUAUAGUCGCUUUACCUGUAUAUGAAAAAACAGAAGAUGGAUACGUCUCUAUCCUUCAAACUAACGACAUAUCCCCGUCUCUCCACACGCUUCUGCUUCUCCCUUACAUGAUAAAAACCGCGGAGGAGUAUAACACGAAACCAAGGAUCGUCCAGGUCUCUAGCGACGUCCACUACUGGGCCAUGGACAAGACGAGUAAAAAAUUCGUGAAUCAACCCAACAUGAUUGACGCACUGUCGAGUCUUGACUAUCACAAACAGGCGUCUCUGGAUGCUCAUUAUUUCGAUUCCAAACUGCUCAACGUUUUCUUUGUGCGGGCUCUCCAGGCCCGCCUCGGUAAAUAUCCCUCUAUAAUCGUCAACGCUGUCAAUCCAGGAUAUUGCUACAGCGGAUUCCGCACGAAUUUCUCAGGAGCAAGGGCCUUUGUCGAUCAUUUAAUGGAAAAGCUUUUUGCAAUGACGACUGAGGAAGGUGGCCGUCAACUUGUUUGGGCUGCAGUCGGCGGAUCUGGAGCAGAGGAGAAGCUCAAAGGAGGAUACGUCUCGUUUGGUGAAGUCGUGGAGCCGAGCGACUUUUCCAUAAGCAAAGAAGGACAUGCUCUUGAAGAGAAAUAUUGGAAUCAGCAGCUGGACAUCUUGAAAGGAGUCGAUCCGCGUGUAAAGCAAAUUGUCGACCAGUAUCUUCAGAAUUAAGGGUAUAUUUAGAUCGGAAUCAUAGUUCUUAUGUGUAUAAUGGUAAUUAUAUCGAUAACAUCUGCAACUUGGCAGUCGAAGAAGAUGCGACGCAAGUAAGUAUUACUGAAGGAGGGACCGUCGACACACUAAAUGACUAGCAU